AUGACUUCAGCAACGGCAAAUGCUACUACCACUACAGUUACUCGUUUUGUAAGCACAUUCAUCGACAAUUCAAAACACCAUGAUGACACAGAGAUUAUCAACAAACUAGCUACAUUCUCAGACGACGAUGAUACAUGUUCCUUUGAUUCAGAGCAAGAUGAGAAAUUACUGACACCACCCAUCACUGAAGACGAAGAACAAGAAUGCCAAGAAGCAGAAGACGAAGCUAUCGAUUGGGAAUUUUGGUCCAGAGUGAUUUCAGAUUUUCCUCAAUUCAACCAAUCAAAUCUCAAAUUACUAUCGAUUCAGGUACAACAUGGCAUUCCAUCCGCUUUGAGAGGCACCAUUUGGCCAGUACUAGCCAAAAAGACUGACAAUGGACUCCAAGACGAUUACAUCCAGUUAUUAAAGCAGGACUCUGUAUAUGAAAAAGCCAUCACCCGUGAUCUACAUCGUACAUUUCCUCAGCAUCCGUUUUUUCAAUCUCAUGUGGGUCAAGAGGCAUUAUUCAAUGUGGUGAAAGCAUAUUCCAUUUAUGAUCCUGAAGUGGGUUACUGUCAAGGCAUCGCCUUUGUAGCUGGACCAUUACUGCUGCAUAUGCCAGAGGAAGAAGCUUUUUGCAUUUUGGUCCAACUAAUGCAGAAAUAUCAUCUCAGAGGUCAUUACACGCCUCAAUUGGAUCUAUUACGCCAAAGACUAUACCAGUUUGAUGGAUUACUGCUGGAUCACCUGCCCCACAUUCAUCGACAUUUCAACGAGCAAGGUGUGCGCUCCAACAUGUAUGCCUCGCAAUGGUUCUUGACACUGUUCGCUUACAAGUUCCCGUUGGAUGUGGUAUAUCGAAUCUAUGAUACGCUGUUUACUGAAGGUGUGGAUUGCUUGUUUCGCAUAGGCCUUGCGCUUUUGUACAAGAAUCAAUGCACAAUUCUGUCACUGGAUUUUGAGGCAUUAGUGACCUAUUUAAAGGACGACAUGUUGACAGUGUACAAGGACAACAUUACUGAUCUACUAUGCGAGUCAUUUGAUGUCAAGAUAUCGCAUCGCAAGCUAGAUAAAUUGGCCCGAGACUAUCAAAUUGAAACAGCCAAGGCGGAUACAGAAGCAACGCUGAUAGAGUCCCUACGAAAAAAGAACCGCCAUCUAACAGAAAAGAACAGAUCAGUCGAAACGGAGAAUGACACAUUGAAAAAACAACAUGCGCUGGUCGCAGAAGAAUUGAUUUCGAAAAAGCUGGAAUUAGCGCGAGUGCAUGAUGAAAAUGACGCAUUAAAACAGCAAGCGGUUGAACUACGACGAGUGCUGGAUGUGAUUCCAAGCCAAAUCGAGAACCAAGUGCAGUCUGACAUGGAGGCGCUUUGCUUGAAAAAUCAAAGCCUGAAUCAGAAAAAUGCGGAACUGCAAGAUCAGUUACAAGAUAUGGAAACUCUUGUGAUUGAAAUCAAGCUGAAAUACGCUCAAAGUGAGAGUGACAGAGAACAGUUGAACCGAAAACUCGCAGACUUGAAAAAGUGGAUGAACAGUGUUUAA